AUGGAGCCAACAGCACUGGAACAACAGCUGACACGUUCACCUGUAAGGCCUCGUAAUGCAGUUGAUUUCAAGUCCAUAGACCAAGAAGAGACCACAGUAACUCUACAGUGGAAAACAGUGGAAAACAUCCACUAUGUUCUUAAGUUUGACUCAAAUGAGAAAAACUUCAAAGAAUCAGAGGACACUGUUGUGGAAAGGACAAUCCCAAAUCUCACACCUAUGACUGAGUACAACUUCACCCUCUUCACUGUGUUUGAAAAUGUCAGAAGCAGAGAAGUAAACAUCAUCGCAUUUACUGCUCCUCCAAACCCAGGGGGUCUUAAAAUAGUUGGACAAAAUGACACCAGUAUAACUCUGCAGUGGAAUAAAGUGGAGAACCUCCUUAACUACAAACUUAAGGUUGAUGAACGAAAGGUAGAAGUCCUUGCAGUGGCAGAACAAGAACUGGUGACAAAAACAGUCCACGAACUCAAAAGUGGGACUAAACACAGUUUCAGUCUCUUUGCUCUGUAUCAUAAUGUCAGUAGCAGUGGAUUUAACUUCUCUGCAGUCACAGCUCCUCGUAACGCAGAAGAGAUAACAGUAGUUGGACAGAAUGAGAGCAGCAUCUCUUUGCAGUGGAAAAAAGUGGAUGAACUACUCGAUUACAUUUUUGUGGUCAAUGGAAGAGAGAUAAAUGUUACUGCACCAGAUGGACGGGAUAAAGUGACAUACACAGUCUCUGGACUGCAAAGCGGGACAAAAUAUGUAUUUGAUCUGUUCACUGUGUUUGAAAACGUCAGAAGCAGUGGAGUCAACUACACUGCAGUCACUGCUCCUCUUAAUACAGACCAGUUCAGAUCAGUUGGACAAACUGAAACCAGCAUCACUCUGCAGUGGACCAAAGUUAAUGACAUAUUCAAUUAUACACUUGUGUACCAUGAAAAUGAGAUAAACAUCUCUGCAUCAGAAGGACAUGAAGUGACAGUUCAAAAUCUCCUCAAUACAACAAGAUACAACUUCACCCUCUUCACUGUGUUUGAAAAUGUCAGAAGCAGAGGAGUAACCAUCAUUGCAUUUACUGCUCCUCCAAACCCAGGGGGUCUUAAAAUAGUUGGACAAAAUGACACCAGUAUAACUCUGCAGUGGAAUAAAGUGGAGAACCUCCUUAACUACAAACUUAAGGUUGAUGAACGAAAGGUAGAAGUCCUUGCAGUGGCAGAACAAGAACUGGUGACAAAAACAGUCCACAAACUCAAAAGUGGGACUAAACACAGUUUCAGUCUCUUUGCUCUGUAUCAUAAUGUCAGUAGCAGUGGAUUUAACUUCUCUGCAGUCACAGCUCCUCGUAACGCAGAAGAGAUAACAGUAGUUGGACAGAAUGAGAGCAGCAUCUCUUUGCAGUGGAAAAAAGUGGAUGAACUACUCGAUUACAUUGUUGUGUUCAAUGGAAGAGAGAUAAAUGUUACUGCACCAGAUGGACGGGAUAAAGUGACAUACACAGUCUCUGGACUGCAAAGCGGGACAAAAUAUGUAUUUGAUCUGUUCACUGUGUUUGAAAACGUCAGAAGCAGUGGAGUCAAAUACACUGCAGUCACUGCUCCUCUUAAUACAGACCAGUUAAGAUCAGUUGGACAAACAGAAACCAGCAUCACUCUGCAGUGGACCAAAGUUAAUGACUCAUUCGAUUAUACACUUGUGUACCAUGAAAAUGAGAUAAACAUCUCUGCAUCAAAAGGACAUGAAGUGACAGUUCAAAAUCUCAUCAAUACAACAAGAUACAACUUCACCCUCUUCACUGUGUUUGAAAAUGUCAGAAGCAGAGGAGUAACCAUCAUCGCAUUUACUGCUCCUCCAAACCCAAGGGGUCUUAAAAUAGUUGGACAAAAUGACACCAGUAUAACUCUGCAGUGGAAUAAAGUGGAGAACCUCCUUAACUACAAACUUAAGGUUGAUGAACGAGAGGUAGAAGUCCUUGCAGUGGCAGGACAAGUACUGGUGACAAAAACAGUCCACGAACUCAAAAGUGGGACUAAACAUAGUUUCAGUCUCUUUGCUCUGUAUCAUAAUGUCAGUAGCAGUGGACUUAACUUCUCUGCAGUCACAGCUCCUCGUAACGCAGAAGAGAUAACAGUAUUUGGAGAGAAUGAGAGCAGCAUCACUUUGCAGUGGAAAAAAGUGGAUGAGCUACUUGAUUACAUUGUUGUGAUCAAUGGAAGUGUGAUACAUUUUACUGCACCAGGUGGACAAGAUACAGUGACAUACACAGUCUCUGGACUGCAGAGCGGGACAAAAUAUGAAUUUGAUCUGUUCACUGUGUUUGAAAACAUCAGAAGUAGUGGAGUCAAAUACACUGCAGUCACUGCUCCUCUUAAUACAGACCAGUUAAGAUCAGUUGAACAAACAGAAACCAGCAUCACUCUGCAGUGGACCAAAGUUAAUGACAUAUUCAAUUAUACACUUGUGUACCAUGAAAAUGAGAUAAACAUCUCUGCAUCAGAAGGACAUGAAGUGACAGUUCAGAAUCUCAUCAAUACAACAAGAUACAACUUCACCCUCUUCACUGUGUUUGAAAAUGUCAGAAGCAGUGGAGUAACCAUCAUGGCACCCACUGCUCCUCCUAACACAGAAGAGUUAAACGUACAUGGACAAAAUGAAACCAGCAUCACUCUGCAGUGGAAAAAAGUGGGUGCCAUCCUUGAGUAUAGAAUUGUGUUUGAUAGCCGUGAGAUAGUUGUCCUUGCAUCAGCAGAAGAUGAACGAGUAUCAGAUCAAAUCCUUGGACUUGAAAGCGGGACAAAAUAUGAUUUCAGAGUUUUUGCUCUGUUUGAAAACGUCAGAAGCAGUGGACGAAACUUCAUAACUGCCACUGUUCCCUCAAUGGUGGCUUCAGUUAAUGUGACUGAACGCUCUGUGGACAGUGUAACCCUGGUGUGGAAGAGUGUGCGGAAAGACUGGAGCUACUCUCUCAAAAUAAAUGGAAAGGUUUUCAGCCAUAAAGGAUCACAGGAUGUUUUAUCACAAGUAAUCUCUUCUCUCAAGCCUGGGACAGAGUAUCCAUUCAGCGUGAGCACAGGUUUCUUUGGACUCAACAGCACUGCUUACGAAGACUUCACAGUCACAGCCAUAAACUGUGCAAAUGUAAACUGGCAUGUUACAAACUCGUCGAUCAAAGGAACGAUUGAAGGCUUGUUUACAAAUGCAACAGCAACAAACAAAUCACAAACUCAUGUCAGUUCUGAAGAUGGCAUUGUGUCGUUUACUGGCCUUUAUCCUGGAGCAACCUACGAGGUGUAUCUGGAAUAUGAGAAAAACUCCAUACACUUUAAUCAGUGUAGCCACGCAGUGACCAUCAUUCCUCCAGAUAUAAAGCCUCACUGUGAGUAUUGGGCAUCUGGAUAUUCUGUCUACAUUGCCUGGGACACGCUGGCUGGCAUCUGGACUGGAGUGAAGGUGGAGGUGAAUGGGGAAACUCACUCUUCUAAUAACAGAGAACAACAUGUCAUAAUACCUGGAUUCCAACCUGCAAAAACAUAUGCGAUGUCUGUUGUUACACUAUCUGGAGAAAGGAGUUCUGCACCGUUUGCUUUUCAAUGUUCCACUGAUCCAAGGGGGGUCAUUGCAGGGUCAGUGAUGGGUGUGCUCCUUUUUCUUGUUCUGGUCUGUUUGGCUGCCUUCAUUUUGUUGAAAAGACCGGAUUUAAUCAGUAGAAAUAAACCAUUCAUUGGUGGAACCAAACAAACCAAUGAAAAGCCCAAAGUUAUCUCUGUGACAAAAUUUGCCGACCAUGUCUACCACUUAAGUGCAGACGAGAAUAGAGGUUUCAGCCAGGAAUAUGAGAGCCUCAUGCCUGUGGGCACAGAGCAGACACGUAAGGAUGCUAAUCUUCCUGAAAACAAACCGAGGAAUCGUUUCAACAACGUCCUGCCAUAUGACUGGUGUCGUGUGAAGCUAACCUCAUCAGGUGCAAAUGGGAUGUCAGACUACAUUAAUGCCAAUUAUAUGCCAGGCUACAUCAAUAACAGAGAGUACAUUGCCACUCAGGGUCCUCUGCCCUCCACAAUCAAUGACUUCUGGAGGAUGAUCUGGGAGCAGAGGGUGAAAGGCAUUGUCAUGGUAACCAACUGCAAAGAGAGUGGAAAGACUAAGUGUGAACAAUACUGGCCUGAAGACAGAAAACCCUGCCUGUUUGGAGAGUGUGCGGUCACGCUCAGGUCUGAGGAGAAGGAGCUCUACUGGACAUUGAGGGAAUUUAUGUUGAAACAUAAAAACUACUCCGAGGAGCAUUCAGUGAAGCAUUUUCACUUCACAGCCUGGCCUGACCAUGGAGUCCCACAGGGCACACAAGUCCUGAUCCAGUUCAGAGGACUGGUGAGACAGCACAUUGAAAGAGAAGGGACUGAAGCAUCUACUGUGGUUCACUGCAGUGCUGGAGUGGGGAGGACAGGCACCAUCAUUGCCCUGGAUGUUCUACUUCAGCAACUUGAGAAAGAGCGAGCAGUGGGCAUCAACGCCUUUGUGCACAAAAUGAGGCUGAGUCGACCGCACAUGGUGCAAACAGAGUCCCAGUAUGUUUUCUUGCACCAAUGCAUCAUGGACACUCUGCAGCAGAAUGAGAAGAGCGAAGAGAACAUCUAUGAGAAUGACGAUGAUAUGUUCGACGAGAUAUAUGUGAACGCUACUGCACUCCAAGAGUUUAACAACUGCAGCCAAGAUUAACUAGAAUGUCAGUCUCAAUGCACUAAAUGAAAAGCUAAUGUUUAAUUCUACAUGCUAAGUUUGGUUAAACGCUGUAAAUUUGACAAAAUACAUUGUAUAUUUACUGUAGAUGUGUGCUGCUCUCAAAUGUUAUUUAAGUUUUAUUCCUUACCUUUUUUUAGUGUGUAUAACUAUAAUGAUUCAAAAUUAUUAUUAUGAGGGGGAAAACUUCAGAGGACAAAAGAAUGUUUUGAAAUUGCAUGAAGAAAUGUAGG